AUGCAGCAGCACGACUCCGCCCCGAACGCCCCGAGCGGCCCCCGUCUCCAAACAAGCUUCCAGAGGCAGAUUAAUGGCGGCCACCACGGCUUCUCGCACGGUGCAUUCGCGACAAACCAGCCAGGCUAUGCCGACAGGCACCCUGAGCGCUCGAACAACAUGUCUAUCAACACCAACAGGCUCGCUCCCGGCGGCCACCAGAACGGUAUGGAGAUGCAGACACCUGGCACUGGCUACGACAUGAACUUCACCCCUCUGCUUCCAUCGCAGCUCCUUCUCGGUAGCCCAUUCCAGCCUGGUUCCCCCUCCGCGUUUGCUUCCCCACAGUUCCAGAACUUUGCAAACUUCGCCCAGCAGAACCAGUCGCAGCAGCAAAACCACCAGUCGCAGCAGGUUGGUUCCCCAUUGCAACAGCCUCUGUCACCACAGCUAUACCAGAAUCUCGUUUCGCCUACGAGCAUGAACGGUGGUUUCUUUGGUGGCCCACAAUCACCGACAGGAGGCUUCUCCGGCUAUGGCGGUCAACUUGGCUCUUCAAUGCCUAUCGCGCCUGGUCUGGUGUCUGGUACUAGCAGGACUGUAUACCUCGGCAACAUUCCUCCUGAGACCUCCGCAGAGGAAAUCCUCGGCCAUGUCAGGAGUGGUCAGAUCGAGUCUGUUAGGCUGCUCCCGGACAAGAACUGCGCCUUCAUUUCUUUCCUCGACAGCAGCUCUGCUACCCAUUUCCACUCGGACGCAAUCUUGAAAAAGUUGUCCAUCCGCGGCCAGGAUAUCAAGAUCGGGUGGGGUAAGCCUUCUCAGGUGCCAACCUCAGUUGCACUGGCUGUCCAACAGUCAGGCGCGUCGCGCAACGUCUACCUCGGUAACCUACCAGAGGAUGUCUCCGAGGAUGAGCUGCGCGAGGAUCUUAGCAAGUUCGGUCCCAUCGACACGGUGAAAAUCGUGCGCGAGAAGGCAAUUGGAUUCGUUCACUUCCUCUCGAUAGGCAACGCCAUCAAGGCUGUUGCACAACUGCCGCAAGAGCCCAAGUGGCAGGCCCCGAGACGUGUGUACUAUGGCAAAGACCGAUGUGCCUAUGUGUCGAAGACCCAGCAGCAGAACGCUGCCCAGUAUCUCGGUAUUGCCCCAGGCUAUGCUCAUGUUCUUAACGGCGCCGACCGCGACAUGAUCUCCAAUGCGCUCGCCCAGCAGUCUGUUGCCGCUGCUGCUGUUGCCACCUCGGCUGGUGGUGUCAACAAUCUCGGCAACCGAACCGUCUAUCUUGGAAACAUUCAUCCAGAGACUACGAUUGAGGAGAUCUGUAACGUUGUUCGUGGUGGUCUUCUUCACCACAUACGAUACAUCCCCGAUAAGCAUAUCUGCUUCGUGACCUUCAUUGAUCCCACUUCUGCAGCAUCCUUCUACGCUCUCAGCAACUUACAGGGCUUGAUGAUCCACAACCGCCGGCUGAAAAUUGGCUGGGGCAAGCAUUCCGGUGCCCUACCUCCCGCAAUUGCCCUUGCUGUCAGUGGUGGAGCUUCUCGCAAUGUGUACAUUGGUAACCUUGACGAGUCUUGGACUGAGGAUCGUCUGAGGCAAGACUUCUCUGAAUACGGCGAGAUCGAGCUCGUGAACACUCUUCGCGAGAAGAGCUGUGCUUUUGUCAACUUCACCAACAUCGCCAAUGCUAUCAAGGCUAUUGAGGCCAUCCGCGGUCGAGAGGAAUACAAGCGUUUCAAGGUCAACUUUGGCAAGGACAGAUGCGGUAACCCUCCUCGCCAGAUGAACAACCAGCAACAGCAGAAUCAACAAGCCGGUAGCGAUGGUGUUCAGUCACCGUCCCCUAUCAACGGUCUCCAUCCUAACCGAGCAGGUGCAUCAGUCUCGCCUACGGGAUCUGGUGCACCCGGUUCUGGUAACAGCCAGAAUGGACAAUUUCCAGCUAUGCAGGCCCCUGCUCCGGCCAACAUCCUGAACAGUGGCAACAACAAUCCGUUGAUGAUGUACCUUCAGGCUCAGCAACAGCAGCAGCAUCAGCAACAAGCUGAGAUGAGCAUGCAACAACAACAACAACAGCAGCAGCAGCAGCAGCAGCAGAGCCAGCAGCAACAACAGUCAUUCCAAUCGCCACAAGCGGCUUUCUAUGGCGCUGACCAGCUCAAUCCCACUUCACAAUCCCACCACUCGCACACUUCGCACAACAGCACCUCGAGCUUCAGCCUGAUCAAUGGUUCCUCCAGUGGCAAUGGCUCUAGCGCGACUACGGUCGGAGGUCUUCUCGCUCCUUCAAACCUCAAUGCACGUGCUCAGCACUCCCGCGCUGUCAGCUUGCCAGCCUUUACUCAAGGUCCCUUCAACCACUCUGUCCAAUCAAGCCAGGGUGGUCAGCAAGGCUCUUUUGGUAGCCUGAGCUCUGGCAUCGGUGGUUUCGGUAGCGGCAAUGGUGGCUAUGGUCUUGCCAUUCAAGGUGACGGCGGCCUGCCUGGCUGGGCUGAGGAGGACGUUGUUGCCCAGUAACCGACACGUUGAAGAAAAUCAGUAUUCCACUUCAUU